CACACACACACAGUGCCCAGCUUCAAAACACAAUCAUUCCUUAAAGGUCAAGCAAGAAUAUAACUCAUCACCAACCCGCCACCACCUGUCUCUCUCUCUCUCUCUCCAAAGGUAAAAGCAACACACCCAUCAAGACGUCACACCACAAAACCCAUAGAUUCUUCUCUUUUUUUAGUCUCUCUAUCUCUCACACGUAUGUAUUCCGUGUCUUAAGCCUUCAGGAACACAACAACGUUAACGCAAUCUACGACCCAACACAGAAUCAUGGUGCUCAACACCACCACCACCGUCCCCAAUAGUACUAAAACUUCCAUUGAAGAUGAUGACCUUCCCAACCCGUUCGGCGACUUGGGUCUAGAUCUCACGGACUCGGAGCUCCGAGAAACCGCCUACGAGAUCCUAAUCGGAGCUUGCCGGAGCUCCGUAGCCGGCAAGCCCUUGACUUACAUCUCUAACUCCGAGAAGAGCUUGGACAGGUCGGCGUCCAUGGCGUCAUCUUCAGGGCCGUCGUUGCAAAGGUCGCUGACGUCGACGGCUGCGAGCAAGGUGAAGAAGGCCUUGGGGUUGAAAUCAAAGAAGAAAGAUUUGGAAUCAGUGAAUCAAAACGCGGUGUCCUCUGUGGGGAAGGCGAAGAGAGCUGUGACGAUUGGUGAGCUGAUUAGGAUUCAGAUGAGGGUUUCGGAGCAGACUGAUUCGAGGGUCCGAAGAGCACUAUUGAGAGUCGCGGCUGGACAGCUUGGAAGACGAAUGGAGUCGAUGGUUUUACCACUGGAACUAUUACAGCAGUUCAAGUCUUCAGAUUUUUCUAGUCAGCAAGAAUUUGAAGCAUGGCAAAAGAGAAAUUUGAAGAUACUCGAAGCUGGAUUACUACUGCAUCCUCACUUACCUUUGGAUAAGGCAGGCACUGCUUCUCAACAGCUUCGACAGAUUAUUGACUUGGCCUCAGACAGGCCGAUGGAGUCCGGAAAGCACAGUGAAUCCAUGCAAGCUCUUCGGAGUGUUGUAAUGUCGCUUGCUUGCCGAUCAUUUGAUGGGUCUGUAUCGCAGACAUGCCAUUGGGCUGAUGGUAUUCCACUGAACCUCCGACUCUACCAAGUGCUUCUAGAAGCUUGUUUUGAUAUAAAUGAAGAAACAUCUGUUAUUGAAGAGGUUGAUGAGGUAUUAGAACUCAUGAAGAAGACUUGGGUAAUUCUUGGAAUCAACCAGAUGUUGCAUAAUCUUUGUUUUUCAUGGGUUUUAUUCCAUCGUUAUGUUGCUACUGGCCAAAUUGAAACUGACCUGCUCUUUGCUGCUGAUAAUCUCUUGAUGGAUGUCCAAAAGGAUGCGAAGGCAACAAAGGAUCCUGCUUACUCCAAGAUCUUGAGUUCUACAUUGAGCUCAAUAUUGGGUUGGGCAGAAAGAGGGCUUCUUGCUUACCACGGUUCUUUUUACAGGGGUAACAUUGAUAUAAUGCAAAAUGUAUUAUCCCUCGGAGUAUCAGCAGCCAAAAUAUUAGUAGAAGAGAUCUCUUCUGAGUAUCGUAGGAAGAGGAAUGAAGUGGAUGUAGCAUGUGACAGAGUUGACACUUAUAUCAGGUCUUCAGUGCGCAAUGCUUAUGCUCAGGUAAGGGAGAAGCUAAACACAAGCAGGCGGUUAUCAAAAAAUAAACAAAAUCCUCUUCCUGCUCUCUCUGUCCUCGCACAAGAUAUUACUGACAUGGCUUUUAAUGAGAAGGAAAUAUAUAGUCCAAUCCUGAAAAGAUGGCACCCAAUGGCAACGGGUGUAGCUGUAGCCACCCUUCAUGCUUGCUACGGCAACGAGCUGAAGCAAUUUGUUUCAGGCAUCAGUGAGUUGACUCCCGAUGCUAUACAAGUGUUGAUAGCUGCUGACAAGAUGGAAAAGGAUCUUGUGAAGAUGGCAGUUGAAGAUGCGGUGGAUAGCGAGGAUGGUGGGAAAGCAAUAAUUCAGGAGAUGACUCCUUAUGAGGCUGAAAGUGUAAUUGGGAAUCUGGUGAAAUUGUGGAUUAGGACUAGAGUAGACAGGCUUAAGGAAUGGGUUGACAGAAAUCUGCAACAAGAGGUCUGGAACCCUCGAGCAAACAAAGAGCGAUUUGCUCCCUCUGCUGUGGAGGUCCUACGAAUCAUGGACGAAACUUUGGAAGCAUUCUUCUUGUUGCCAAUACCCAUGCAUCCAGUUCUGCUUCCUGAUUUGAUGAGUGGUCUUGAUAAAUGCCUUCAAAAUUACAUAUUGAAGGCAAAAUCUGGCUGCGGAUCCCGAAAUACUUUCAUUCCAACUUUGCCUGCUUUGACCAGAUGUACAACUGCAUCAAAGUUUGGUGUAUUUAAGAAGAAAGAUAAGUAUCUUACAGUUCAGAGGAGAAAACCUCAGGUUGAGGCUCUGGAUGGGGAUAAUUUCAUUGGUAUACCACACCUAUGUGUCCGCAUUAAUACUUUGCAUCACAUCCGAAAAGAGUUGGAAGUUCUAGAAAAGAGGACAAUCACCCAUUUGAGGAAUACUGGAUCCACUCUUGUUGAUGAUAUUGUAAACGGCCUGGGAAAAAAGUUUGAGUUUUCAUCAGGUGCUUGUGUGGAAGGGAUCCAGCAGCUCUGUCAGACAACUGCAUAUAAGGUCAUAUUUCAUGAUCUAAGUCAUGUUCUUUGGGAUGGCCUAUAUGUUGGUGAAGUUUCAUCUUCGAGGAUUGAACCUUUCCUUCAGGAACUUGAGCAAAAUUUAGAGAGUAUAUCAGCGACUGUACAUGAGAGAGUAGGGACACGAUUAAUUACUGACAUAAUGAAAGCUUCUUUUGAUGGGUUCUUGUUAGUUUUGCUUGCUGGAGGCCCUUCCCGUGCUUUUACUCUUCAAGACUCUGCAAUGAUAGAUGAGGAUUUUAAGUUUCUUAUGGAUCUGUUCUGGUCCAAUGGUGAUGGAUUGCCAGCCGAUUUGAUAGAUAAGCUUUCAACCCCUGUGAAGGUUGUCCUUCCCCUUUUCCAUACUGAUACUGGGAGCCUUAUUGAGGAAUUAAAAAAUGGAACUCUGAACAGCUAUGGCGUCUCAGCUAAGUCGAGGCUCCCAUUGCCUCCAACUUCAGGUCAGUGGAAUCCAAAAGAGCCAAACACGAUCUUGCGAGUUUUGUGUUAUCGGAAUGAUGAGCAGGCCACAAAAUUUCUUAAAAGAACCUAUAACUUACCAAAGAAACUGUGACCAGAAGCUGUUUGGAUUAAUGACAAAUUAUGAGAUGCUAGUGUUUAUAGUACUCGGACAUCGCCAGCAUCUAAUAUUUACUUAUUUAUGGCGACUUUUGGAAGCUAGUUGUCUACUUCGGCAGUGAAAUACUGCCGUUAUACAGAAUAUUUAUGUGUGGAUUCUAUACACGGUGCUUAACCAUUCAAGAAACUUUGGGUAUGAGGCUUUGGAUUUUGACUCCCAAAGGAAACUGCAGACACUGGUCCUUAUUGGCAACACAGUUAUUUUCUCCAUCCUUCCACGAAUAGGUCGUCCGGUUUAUCUGGUGAGGUCAUCUCGCCUUUUGUACAAUUGUUCUGCGAGUUACAUUGACAAUAUGCAGCAUAGAAAGAGAGGUUAGUUGUUAGUGCAGAGUUUUGAAGUUGUACCCUUGUUUUUGGGCAUUGUUUAGGUUUUCUGGUUGUCGAAUCCCCCAUACAGGAGGGGGUAGUGAGUUUGUGUAUCAUAUUGUAAAGUUCAUAAAUUAUGUUGUUAUUUGUUUGCAUUAUUGUUGUGGAACAAAUCAUAAUUUGAACU